CUCCAUUCAGCUCCCUUUCUUGCUUCCCCUCUCUCUCUCUCUCACUCUCUCUGCCUACCAGCCUGUCUCUAGUCAGAAUUAGAGGAGGCUUUUACUCAAUGCAUGCCACUCUGAGGGGAUGCACAGGGACAUGAAUACUGUGAUCGUAUCUGCUGAAAAUGAGGCGAAAAGCACAUAAACGAGGAAGCAGCAGUAAGCCCAUCGAGAGGUUCUCUGAGGACAUUGAUGUGUUUCUUCAUGUGGAUGUUGUUUACCUUGCCUAACAACACCUGAGGCGCCCAGAUCUGCUGUUUAUCCCCCUGUGGGAGGUGUUGCAAUACAGUUUGAAGGGUCAUCACAGAUAGCCAACUCCUAUCUGCCUCCCCAGGCAAGACUUAGAGCUUUAACUGUUGGUUUGUGGUUAGAGUUCAAAACUUGGCUCCAAUAUUCAGCCGGACCAGCAGCAGCUAAAGAAGAAGCAGCAGCAGAGGCGGAAAAAAAAAAAAAAACUACACACACAUGAAAGCCGGGACAGAGAGAAAAAUAUGAAAAAGAUAUAUAUUGGCAAAACUGCCUUGAAAACACAGAGAAAUGGUUGCAAACAUCAGAAAAGAAGCUCUUUCCACGACCACAAGGACGACCUCCGUAAGCGCCUGUCGUACACCACCCACAAACUAGAGAUGGUGGAGACGGAGUUCGAUUCCACCCGGCAGUACCUGGAGACGGAGCUGCGGCGGGCCCAGGAGGAGCUGGAGAAAUUCACAGAGAAACUACGCAGGAUCCAGAGCAGCUAUGCGGCUCUUCAGAGGAUCAACCAGGAUUUGGAGGACAAGAUGCACCGGACGUCCCACCACCACGAAGAGGAAAAGAGAGCCCUCAGCCGGGAAAUCAUCGUCCUCAACAACCACCUCAUGGAGGCCAAGAUCACCAUUAAUAAACUCAGAGAGGACAAUGACCUGUACAGGAAAGACUGCAACCUGGCAGCCCAGCUGCUGCAAUGCUCCAAGUCUCACUACAGAGCACACAAGAUGUCUGAGCUUCCGCUGGACUUCCAGGAACGUAUCAGUUCCCACAUGGAGAAACAUAAUCGAGGCGGUGGAGCCACUGUGCCGGUUUCCCAUUCAAAUUACGCCGAUGCCGUGCCCACAGCCGUAAUAGCUAAGGUCCUGGAAAAGCCUGAACCAGGAAACAGUUGCCCCGUUACACGCUCACCCAGCCCACAGCCGCAGGAUGGAGACUUUCUCACAGCUACAGAAAGCUCCGAUCACCUGAAUCGCCGCAUUGCGUAUAAAACAUCCGACCUGUACUGCAGCGAUACGGCCCUCUACUGCCCCGAACGAUGGCAGGAUACGGAGCGCAGACAGAGCGUCGACCUCCACGGCCCCAACCUACUCCAUCUUCACGCCCAGAACUCCACGGACAGCAACCCGGAUGAGGAGGCCUACCACUCUGGAAGCUUCUCCCACCAUGAGCCUCCAUCACCCUUCCACCACCAAGAUGAGUUCGGCACUGGCAGCCUCCCCGCCUCCAGCACUUACUCUAGCUUCAGCCUCGCAUCGGAUGACAAGGGAGGACUAAGUGGUGGUUGUGGGCCCACCGCGAGCAGCACAUUAUCCUCUUCCCACCAGGGUUUGUACAUGGAGUGGCGGGAUGGUGGCAGCGGGGACUAUGGGCGCAAAAGCACAUCCUCGUAUGAUAAAGACAGCCCAAGCUUUCCCAAGUCCCUGAGUAUCCAGCACAUGGUGACCUCCAGGAGCCCCCAGAAAGUCACCUCACCGGCAUACACAAGGACAGCUUCAUGCUUCAGUGAACCGUACCAUUCCAGCACGCCGCGCUUGGCUUCCUCUCGCAGCAUGGGAUCCACUACUGGACUUGGCCAGACUCGAGGUGGAGCCCUUGAUAGUCCGGGUGACGUCCAGGUCCCUGAGGAUGACCUAAGCAGCCGCUGGAGACAGCUCAGUGUAGAAGACAUCAACACGUUCUCUUACCAUAACAUCACAGGCCGGGCUUCUCCGUACAGUUUUUCCGAGCGCCAGUUUGCAUUGGGCCCCUCCAACAAGGUCAAGGGAAACCUCUACAGCAGCUUCCAAGAGGGGGACGACGUCUUCCACAGUCGUGCGCUGGACCAGUGUUUUGAUCUGGGAUCCCCUUCGCCCAGCCGCAGUGCGAAACCAAUGGAGCAUCGUAAGCAAGAGAAAACCUCAAUGCUGUACAGGUCUAAGGAUGACAGUCAGGACUCCGAGUGCAGUCUGCAGUUCCUCUCAGGGAGCUCGAAAGCACAGGAGAGCAGUGGGGGAGCGACGGCGUCGAGCAGUGCCAAGAAGGACUACGUGAAUCUGAGUGCGGACAGCUCACCCGAGUCCCUACUCCAAAGCUCCCUCGAAGCAUCAAGCCUCCAACACUACCCAAGCCCCAGACCGAGUGUCCGGCCUCGUCCAAGCUCCAGCUCAGCCAUUAGCAUCGGCCCAGCACUCCCAAAGAAGACGUCUCCAAGAUACCAAAAAUUUGGCAGCACAGGACUGACAAGAAAGGACAGUUUGACCAAGGCGCAGCUCUACGGUACACUGCUGAACUGAGUGGCAAAAAGCAAAGAUUUCCAUUUUUAUGCAUGAUGACUAUGAUUCCCUAACUUACUGUACUGUAUUGUACCGUUUGUCUCAAAAGUUUCCUGCAGCAAACACAUGCUUGGUGUAAUGGGGUAUUAGGAUGUUGUUGUUUUAUGUAUCUCUUUGCCAAGGCACGUUUAACGCAGUCUGCAUCACUUUUUAUAUUGUAUGUCAUGCAAAGGUGUUGCUGCCUGAAACCAGCUAAGUUUUUGUUCUGGUAUUAACAACCAUAUAGAGCCACCAGAAUAAAACUACAGCACAGAGCCGACUACAUAAAUUUAAUGUGCUGUUUGCUCUCUUUUUUUUUUUUUUGGAGUAAAGUACUGUUAGUAAAACCAGCAAAAGACCAUUAACUCCUGCGCUAAUAUAUACAGUAUAGAUAAUGGAAUAAAGCGUGUGUAAUGGAGUGACUUAAUUACACAUGUUUAGGGGGGGGUUAUCCAUUAUGUGGAGUGGACCCUGCUGUCUGUAAGCUGUUAAAAAGAUUUAGUUAUCCUCUGCUUUCUCUUAAAGUGCAUGCUUUAUAAUGCAUAUAAAUAGGAUGUUAAAACACAUUUGCAGCUCAAUUGUUUUCACAGGGAGGGCAUCUGUAAAAAGCACUGACUAAAAGUGUUUUUAUUCAUUGGCUGAAUAAGAGAUAUGCCAACUUGAAAAGGUGAACUGUAUUUAAAUUCCAUGUAUUGUAUAAAGCAAGGCACAAAAUUGUGUUUGGAGUUCCUUCCUGGUGUUAGAUUUCAAACCCCUUAAUUGGAAACGUAUAAAUAUCUGAUCUUUUUUGUUGGAAUAUUUGGCCCUUACAUGAAUGUAUACAAUAUAAAAUGAAUACUUUAUAAUUGCCAUUAAAAAGAAAUGGAACUCUUUCUGUAGAUAUGAUUAAAGUGCAAAAUUGAAUUUUUCUUAUUUUUCUAUUAAAUUGAGAUGGUUUCAUCUCAGCCAGUGCUGCACAGUAGUUACCUUCCAAGCAGGACUCUUGUGAAAUUGCCUUAACAACUGUGUAAAUACUUUAUGUAUGUCUUCACUAUUGUUACUAUAAAUGUACACUACUGUUACAGCAAAUGUUCUUCCUGUCAGACAUGACAUACACAUCUUAUUGGCAAAGGAUUAGGUUUGUUGUUACACUGGGGAUAUAUUUAAGUGAAGGUCUGCAUUGAGUCAAAAACAAUGAAGCUUAAGCCCUGUCUGAAAAAUCUAGCAAGCACCGCCGAAUCUCUACCCUGAUACAAACUCUAGUUUCACAGACUAAAAGACAAAAACAAAUGCUGGGUGUUCUUGUUUUUCUGGAGGGAUUAAUUGGAAUAUUCUCCGGGCAAGCUGGCUGGCAGUUCUGCAACGUUUGCACAAAAGGUUCUGGAAAAAAGUGUACUCGCAAGGAAGAAAGAAACAACCGAUCAAAAACAAACAUGUGCAUUCAGUGUGUUGUUUUUAUACCAGCAUGCUCAAUUAGAGAAACACUGUGAAAAUAGUCCAAGCCUGUGUUUAUAUACGUGCAUAAAAGGGGUGAAGACAUGCCAACUGAGAUUGAUGAUGACAGUUCCCCCCCACAUCUGUGCAUCCUUUGGCCUGCUAGAUCUUUAAGAGUUUUGUUUUUGUCCUUCGUGGCUAUAGAUCUGAAAGGAAUGGCAAACCAGGAUGAGCUUCAUAAUGAGAGCUCUUCCCUGCAGAGGACAUGAUCCCAUUUUUUCUGGAAGGCAAUGCUUCUACCUCUCCCAUUCCUGCAGAUCUGUUAACUGCUUUAAGGCUGUU